UCCCACACGUGUCACGUGACCAGUGAAAUGAAUACCGUUAAAAUGCUGUCUUGCCAAUUUUGCACGUUUUUCAAAAAGUUAACUUUACCUUACUGAGCCUCCCUCCAUACACCAUGUAGGUCUGUUUUCAUUUCAUGUAUUUUUCUCUCUCCAUUUUAAACUUCGUUUUUGUUGGACCCCAGCACUGUCAGAGACUGCAGUUUUCAUACAGAAACCAGAUGUUCCCGGGUUUGGCAGUUGCGCUAUAAAUUUCUUUGGUGACUUUCAUAUGUUGUGACUACUGGGAGAGGAUCUGUUCUGUUCCGUUGAGGGGGCGUGUCUGCUAUAGGAAAAGGAUUACAGCCUGCUGAAGAGAUGGAAUGGAAUUAAUUUUGCGGACUAAAGGGAAAACCCCUCUGAGAUACUGGAGUAGAAACAUAAGGACUGCAGAGUGUUGGGUUACGGAGCAUUAUCCAGCAGGACCUAAGGGUCCCCCAGAAAAACUCUCGGGAAUUGCUCUUGCAUGGGUGAUCAGUAUUGUGAACUCUUCACAGGAUGCUGUAUGGCGCUUUCUGAUCGCAGAGAUCCUGAGGAAGAGGAAAAUACAAAUUAAUGGGAAAAGAGUUGUAAAUUAAAUCAGCCUUUGAAGGGAAAUAGGUUCAGUGGGACACAAUGAGGAGAAUUCACAUAAAAGGAGAUGUUCUGUGCACCCUGAUCAUGUUGGGGCUAUUCUGUCUGCUGUUGUAUGCCCACCAAUGCUUCACUCCCACCUGGGACACUUGGCACUUAGAGCAGGGCUCUACAAGCUCCCGUGCUCUUCUAGGGGCUCUACCAGAGAGCCAUGUGACUAAACUGGUCCCCUCUACGCACCCAGAUAAGACAAAGUGCCAGUCUGAGCCUCAGUCACAUCCGAAGUCCAAACUUCAGUCUAAAUCCAAACCUAAGACCAAGACCAAAUCUAGAUCCAAGUCAAAGAAAGAUGAGGGGACAAAGAAGGUUGCUCCAACAAAGGCUGCUCCUGUUUUACCCACACAACCACCUUUUGACUUUGAAGGUUACCUAAGAGAUAAGGACAACCGGGACUUCAGACUGCUGAUAGACCAGCCAGGGAAGUGCUCAGGUGAGCUCUACAUGCUCAUUACUAUCAAGUCCGUAGCAGCAGACUUUGAAAGGAGGCAGGUAGUGCGGCACACCUGGGGAAGAGAGGGUGUUCUCCAGGAUGGGCAGACAGUGAAGACUGUAUUCCUCCUUGGGGUACCCAGGAACAAGACAGCCCUGCCUUUAUGGGACCGGCUUCUUGCCUAUGAAAGCCACACCUUUGGGGACAUUCUCCUCUGGGACUUUGAUGACACAUUUUUCAAUUUGACACUUAAAGAGACCCACUUCCUCCAGUGGGUGAAUGACAGCUGCUCCAAUGUCCAGUUUAUCUUCAAAGGUGAUGCGGAUGUCUACGUGAAUAUAGACAACAUUUUGCAGAUGCUGAAGGGUCAGAAGCCUGACAAGGACCUCUUUGUGGGUGACAUCAUCCACCACGCCCGCCCCAUCCGCCGGCGCAGCAGCAAGUACUUUGUGCCUGAGUUUGUGUACGGCCAGACAAUGUAUCCGUCAUAUGCAGGAGGGGGAGGCUUUGUGAUGUCCGGUCACACCGCCAGGCGGCUGACUGGAGCGUGUCAGCAGGUAGAAUUAUUCCCCAUCGACGAUGUGUUCUUAGGCAUGUGCUUAAAGAGAAUCGGAGUCAAACCAUCACGCCAUGAAGGUUUCCGUACAUUUGGAAUUGUGCGCCCCUCUGCUGCUCCCCACCUCCAGGUGUUUGACCCUUGUUUCUACAGGGAGCUGAUGGUGGUACACAGCCUGACAGUGCCACAGAUCUGGCUCAUGUGGAACCUGCUGCAUGACCCCCAACUGAGCUGUCACAGUAACCUGGCCCCCACCCCAUGGCCCUUUAAGUGGAGGGGCAAGGUACUCGGGACAACAGGACAGAAGGACUCCGAGACUACAGUGGAACAGGACUAUGAUGUUACCGUGUUUGUAAAGCAUUGAGGGCUUUGUGUUAUGUCGAUUAGAGGGACUACACUGUGAAAGAGCCAUUGGGAUAUGGAAGCUGUGAUUGAAUGUUAGGUACAGUUAUUUUUAGGUAACACAGUGGUUUUUGCUUAACAGUUUACAGCCAUGGUAAAUGUGCAUUGUCUCUAGGUAUUUUUCUUAUAUUUUUCUUGGAAAAAUCCUGGAUGUAAAACCAGUUGGUAAAUUUACUGUGGUGGUAAUGUUUUAAAAACACCCCUGCUCAAUUUAGGUACAGUAUGACUUACUUUGUUUAUUUUAUUGCACAGAGCCUCAAUAAGGUCAAUAUAGAUUGAAACAUGUGCCAGGUUUAUUUUGUGCAGUAGAAUAUACAGUUCGGCGUUGUAAAUGAAGUAUCUUUGGGUGCGUUCGUAAAUUCACUCUGACUAUCUACUCCGAUUUCAGAGCACUCUUGUCUGAGUGUGUCAGAGCGCAGAAUAACUGGUGAAUUUACGAACACUCAACACCCGUUGAAUAUGGCCGGCGUCAGUAAACGUCGGCAAAAAUGUAAUUAGAUUGUUUCCAGCGGCACAGUUACAGUCACCUACACUCUGGAUAGUUCUGCCAGGGCGAGUAAAAUGGUUAGAGUGAGGUGUUCUCUAAUUUGUGUCUGAAAGUAGCUAGCAAGCUCUGAAGCGCAACGCUCUGAAUUUGCGAACGGACAAUCUGACAACGCUCUGAAUUUACGAAUCCAGAUUGAAUUUACGAACACACCCUUUGUGUGCGAUUACACAUCAGAUGAUACAUGUAGGUAGACUUGAAUCUGAAAUGAAGGGAGACAAAGCUCAAUGCAUCAACUGUAGCUGUGGCAGGAUGUCCCCAAUGGACCUCAUUAUAUAUAUACUGAACAAAAAUAUAAAUGCAACAAUUUCAAAGAAAUGUUGUCUCACUCCUCUUCAAUGGCUGUGCGAAGUUGCUGGUAUCUUUGCAUUCAAAUUGCCAUUGAUAAAAUGCAAUUGUGUUUGUUGUCUGUAGCUUAUGCCUGCCCAUAUCAUAACCCCAUCGCCACCAUGGGGCACUCUGCUCACAAUGUUGACAUCAGCAAACCACUCACCAACACAACGCCAUAAAUGUGGUCUGCGAUUGUAAGGCCGGUUGGACGUACUGCCAAAUUCUCUAAAAUUACGUUGGAGGCGGCUUAUGGUAGAGAAAUUAACAUUCAAUUAUCUGGCAACAGCUCUGGUGGACAUUCCUGCAGUCAGCAUGCCAAUUGCGCAAUCCCUCAAAACUUGAGACAUCUGUGGCAUUGUGUUGUGUGGCAAAACGUUACACUGGCCUUUUUAUUGGCACCAGCACAAGGUGCACCUGUGUAAUGAUCAUGCUGUUUAAUCAGCUUCUUGAUGUGCCACACCUGGCAGGUGGAUGCAUUAUCUUGGCAAAGGAGAAAUGCUGAAUAACAGGGGUACAAACAAAUCUGUGCACAACAUUUUAGAGAAAUAAGCUUUUUCUGCAUAUUGAACUUUUCUGGGAUCUUAUAUUUCAGCUCAUGAAACAUGGGACCAACACUUUACAUGUUGCAUUUAUAUUUUUCUUCAGUGUAGUUCCAGAAAUCUUUCUUAGAAACUUUCCAACAGAGGUAGAGUUGACAUAUUCAUGAAUGUUAUGUGCACAGCACCUACUUUUUUAGUUCACAAUUAGCUACACUGAAGAUGACAAUCACCAAGCAACAAACCAAAGCCCAGAGUAAACCCUGAACAGUUGAGUGUGGUGUGCUUUCAUUUACAAUACUUCUGAUAAUCAGAAUCCUUACAUGCUGUUUCUUUUUAAACUUGUUAUGUUCAGCUAUACCUCCAACUGUAGUCCAAAUGCUGUAAGUAGACGACAUGCUGUUGAUAUCAAAAUGUAAAGCAAUCAGUUAACACUGAAAUUGUCCCUGGUGGAAAACAUGUGCAUGUACUGCUUUUUUGUUCUUUAAAAAGAAAAAAUACAGCUCAAGACUUUU